CGGAUUUUGUGUAAUGGCUGAGUCAGACUGUAGAAUUCCUUGUGGUCUGCCUCGUUUAGAAAAUUUCAUAUUUACGGAGAAGCUAGGAGAGGGAACAUAUGCGUCUGUGUACAAAGCCUACAGAAGGGGAGACAGAAGAGAAGUGGUUGCCAUCAAGUGUAUAAAAAGGACAAGUUUGAACAAGAGAUCUACUGAGUUUUUAAUGACUGAAAUUGAGUUGUUGAAACAACUGAAGCACCAGCAUAUAGUUGAGCUGUAUGAUUUUGAGUGGAAUUUAGAAGCAAUUUAUCUUAUCAUGGAAUAUUGUAGUGGAGGUGAUCUCUCACAGUUUAUUAGAAGUCGCAAAGCACUUCCAGAAAAAGUGGCAAGAAAGUUUCUUCGGCAACUUGCAAUGGCACUAAAAUUUCUUAGAGAAAGGAACAUUUCUCACAUGGACUUGAAACCACAGAAUCUAUUAUUGUCAUCACUGCACGAUCCUGUUCUGAAAGUUGGAGAUUUUGGAUUUGCUCAAUGCCUGCAAGCAGCUAAAGACAGCACUGACUUGCGUGGGUCUCCAUUGUAUAUGGCACCAGAAAUGUUUGUAUCAGAUCAGUACACAUGCUUGGUUGAUCUUUGGUCAGUUGGUGUGAUCUUGUAUGAGGCAUUAUACGGGCAGGCUCCAUUUGCUUCAUCAUCAUGGGCAGAAUUACAAGAAAAAAUAACUGAUGAAAAACCAAUAGAACUGCCUGAUAUGCCACUUGUGUCUACUAAAUGUCGUGAGCUUCUUAUUGGUUUACUUAAACGAGAUCCAAACGAACGAAUGACAUUUACUGCCUUUUUUGACCAUCCUUUUAUUGACUUGGAACACAUACCCUCACCAGACAGUCUCAGCAAAGCAUGUGCUCUUGUAACUAAAGCUGUGCAGAAGGACAGUGAGGGAGACUUGCCAUAUGCUGCUCAGUUGUAUUGUGCAGCAUUGGACUACUUCCUGCCUGCUGUUCAUUACGAGAGUGAUGAGAAACGAAAAGUAGCACUUAGAGAAAAGGUAAAGCAAUACAUUGAUCGUGCAGAGCAGCUGAAGAAUGUAAUGAAGAAAGCUACUCGUGACCCUAACACUCGCGUUGCUCCUCUUGAGUCAGCAAUACAAAAACAUGAACGACUAAGAACAUCAGUCAACAAAAUAAGAGAUGCAGAGAGAGCAGAUGAUCGUGAAGAGUUUGAAUUGUCUCUUCAAUUAUAUGAAGAAGGUUUAGAAGGUGCCAUUGCAGCUUUAUCAAGUUUGAGAAAUGAAGAACAAGAAGCUUUACGAGCUGAAGUUGAACAGUGGCUGAAACGAGCUGAGGAAAUCAAACUUUACUUGGAGAUUAAAUCAAGCAAACAAGAAGCUGAUUUUGAAACUGAUAAAUCGUCUGUGAAAGCAAAGGAAUGUGUCAUACAAUGACCUCGCUAUAAGGACUGCUCCUUUUCAAUUUCGUGUAACUUAUUAGUUGAUGACUAUAUUUGUACUUUAUAGUUGCUUUAUUUUUUAUGCAGUCGAGUGAGACAUUCUAGUAGCCGCGGAGACUUUCUUGUGUUGCUGUUGCUCGUUGUGUAGGAUACGUAUUUAGGUUGUAGAUAUAACUAACUAUAUCAUAGGUGUAUAAAAAGCACUGAAAUAGGAUGUGAUUGGAAUUAA